CGAGGAAAUGCUAAACAAGUAUGUACAUGACCAGAAAGGGCGUCACAAGAUGCGCACCAUGCUUUCAGCACACCCAUUGGCCGUUUUGUUGAACAUCGCUGUAACUUGUAUCAAAUGGGGAAUGUUGGAAGAUGAAUAUGAAGCUAUCGGUAAACAAAUGUUGAAUGGACUUAUUCUGCCAACCCCCCUGCCUGUAAGCGAAGAUACCCAAUCAAGUUUAGAGAGUGCAACUGACAAAGCUCGCCACAGUGCAGAGCAUACAAAAAGUGUCACUGUUGAAGACAUUGCCAGAGAAAUUGGUGCUUAUUAUCAGCCUGAUCAUGAAAAAACGAGCAACAACGAAUCAGUUCUGGAGAUGAGAGUUAAUUUGUUAAGAAAGCUUGUUGACUGUGACUCUUGGCUGGCGAAGCAAUUUUUCGUUCAUGAAUUUGAGUCACUUGGUUAUGGAGAGUUUUUUAGUUUCCUGACAGAACACAUAUCUCUUAUGCCUACUGGGCUGAAACAGCUCUUGAAUGGUGACAUGUAUGAGAAGUCCCACUCUGAGGCUUGCCUACUGCAGGAUCAGUUGAUGCUGCUAAUAUCACAAGCAUUGAAUAGCUCGUGGGAUGGUAAAGUAGUGACCAAACAGAUGAUUUCAACAUUGCUUUUGAAGCAAUUUCCCAAUCUCAGUUUCAAAAUGGAAGUUGGUUCAGUGGAGGAUUUAUUAAAUAUUGUUGGGCAGUAUAGAGAUAUUGCAAUGUCAAAAUGUGUCCUUUUCUCUCAGACACUGAUGGGUGCCCAUGGUCUGUCUAUGUCAGCAUUUGAUGAUGAUUAUGUGGUUGAACUUGAAGCCAUUGGUAGAGGAGCUGAUGUCUCACAGAAAACAGGAAAAUUGGCUUCAGUCUCAUCUCAGGAUGCAAUUGAAGUCUUACUCAGGGCGCCGAUGCUGUCAGAUUUAAGUCGUUGGUCACAUUGGGACAUUAAGUUCGCCCCAUGUCUUGGCCCUCUUGUAGGAUGGUUGUUGAAUGAAGUUAAUAGAACAGACUUGUUGUGUUUAGUGACAAAAGAUGGUAAUGUGAUACGGAUUGAUAGUUCAGCCAGCGAGGAUUCAUUUUGGGAAUCUGCCCUUCAUUUAUCACCUUUCCAAACAGCAGUUCAGUUGCUCUCUUUGUUCUCGAUACGUGGGGGACAAAAACAUGUUCCUCUGUCUCUUUUAAAAAGCCACGCAAGUCGUGCAUUUGAAGUCAUCUUGAAUGAUCAUUUGGAAGAUAAGGAAGUGACCAAUGGAUGGAAUUUUCAGAUGAAAGAAAGAGCAGCUGGUAUGUCAAAGCCGUUGGAUGAAGUUUGUGCUAGUAGAUCAUUCAAGAAUUCCACUGGCACAGUUGAUGCAGUGCUUGUUGCAUCAAGAUACUUUCUUGAAUGCCUCAGUCAUAUUCCUUCAGAGUUUUGUACAUUUGCUGCUGAUGUGUUACUAUCGGGUUUGCAAUCUGUCAUUAAAAAUGUACCUUCUAUUAUCUUGUCAGAGUGUAUAUGUAUGGAGGAACGAGUCAUGCUUCAUGAAGUGGGACUAUGUCUUGGUGUUGUGGAAUGGAUUCAUGACUAUCGUGUUAUCUUCUCCUCCACUGAUGGUGAGAUGUGCAAGCCCUGUGAAGCUAUAUCAUUCAUAGCUAACACCUCUAAGUCAAGCACAGGCUCACUUUCUGCAGAAGAAGACAAGAUCGUGCUCUCUCUUGUUUCUGAGGGUCAGAGUAACAUAUGUAGAGAAAUUUGUCACGGUUCUGAAGGUCCAGAAGUCUGGAUAGAUAAGAGUGUGGCACAAAAUGAACCAAUUGAAUACGAGGAUGCUUACUCAAUCAUUGAAUCUAUCAGGCAAGAAGAAUUUGGUCUUGAUCCUAGUCUUUCUAGUACAGAAAGUAGCUUGUUAAAUAAACAGCAUGCCCGUCUGGGGAGAGCACUUCAUUGUCUUUCACAGGAGUUAUACUCUCAGGAUUCUCAUUUUCUUCUUGAGUUAGUUCAAAAUGCUGAUGAUAAUACCUAUUUAGAAAAUGUUGAGCCAGCUGUUGUAUUCAUUCUUCAGGAGUCUGGCAUCAUUAUCCUGAAUAAUGAACAGGGCUUCUCUGCUCAAGACAUAAGAGCACUAUGUGAUAUUGGCAAUUCUACGAAAAAAGGAAGUGCUGGAUAUAUAGGGAAUAAAGGCAUUGGAUUCAAAUCAGUAUUCCGUGUUACUGAUGCACCAGAGAUUCAUUCCAACGGGUUCCAUGUAAAGUUUGACAUAAGUGAGGGACAAAUUGGUUUUGUUUUGCCAACUGUUAUACCCCCUCUCAAUCAUAAUGUGCUAAGCAAGUUAACAUCCACUAAUUCUGUUCAGUUUGAUACUAGCUGCUGGAAAACUUGCAUUGUUCUUCCCUUCAAAUCGGAUUUGUCAGGAGGAACUAGAAGGAAUAAUGUCAUAUCCAUGUUUUCAGAUAUUCAUCCAUCCUUGCUACUGUUUCUUCAUCGUCUGCGGUGCAUUACAUUCAGAAACAUGCAUGAUGAUUCACUAAUUGUCAUGAGAAAGGAUACUUGUGGUGAUGGCAUCAUUAGGGUUUCAUAUGGUAAGGAGGAAAUGAAUUGGUUUGUUGCACGCAAGAAGUUACAUGGGAAGAUUGGUCGUUGCAAUGUCCAAACAACAGAGAUCGCCCUGGCAUUUGGACUUGAAGAAUCAACCGAUGGAAGUUAUAUCCCAUGCCUCAAUAUGCAACCUGUUUUUGCAUUUCUUCCACUAAGAACUUAUGGUCUGAAAUUUAUACUGCAAGGUGAUUUUGUUCUUCCCUCAUCUAGAGAAGAAGUUGAUGAGGAUGACCCUUGGAACCAAUGGUUGUUGUCGGAGUUUCCUGAUUUGUUCGUGAAUGCAGAGGGAUCUUUCUGUUCUCUUCCUUGUUUCAGGGACAAUCUAGGAAAAGCUGUGACAGCUUACAUGAGCUACAUUCCAUUGGUUGGUGAAGUUCAUGGGUUUUUUUCUUGUCUUCCCCGGAUGAUCAUCUCUCAGUUACGCCGCUCAAAAUGUCUACUCUUGGAAGGAGAUGAUGCCACAUGGGUGCCUCCUUGCAAGGUUGUCCGAGGUUGGAAUGAAGGGGCUCAAGUUUUUUUACCUGAUCAUUUGCUUCAAGAGCAUCUUGGCCUAGGAUUUCUAAAGAAAGACAUAAGUCUAUCUGAUCCUUUGGCAAGGACAUUAGGGGUCGAGGAGUAUGGGCCAAAACUUCUACUUAAGAUUGUAACGUCUUUGUGCCAGAGAAAGGAUAGCCUUCCAUCAAUGGGUUUGUCUUGGUUGUCUGCUUGGCUGAAUGCAGUUUAUGAAACGUAUGUGCAUUCAGCCCAAGCACCUCGAGAUGUUGGAAUGGGCACAGAUAUCAUAGAAGCCCUCCGUAAGCUUCCUUUUAUUCCUCUUUCUGAUGGUACAUUUGGCUCAGUAGAUGAAGGUACAAUCUGGCUGCACAUUGAUGUAUCUGGGAAUGACAGUGAGCAUGGAAUGGAUGCUUUCCCAAUGUUAUAUGCAAAACUCCGUAUUGUAAACCCUGCUUUCGUAACUGCAUUGGAUACUGAUAUUUAUCGUGUAGACAUGUAUCCAAAGGACAACAUCAUCAGGAUGCUCCUUAUUGUUGGCGUGCAACAUCUAUCUACACAUGAAAUAAUGAAGGUGCACGUCUUGCCUUUUAUAUGUGAUGACAAAAGUGCAAGUUUGGACAAGAAUCUCAUGACAGAAUUUCUCUGCUUUGUGUUUAUCCAUCUACAAUCUAGCUGCCCUAUGUGCCACGAUGAAAGAGAUUUUCUGAUAUCAGAGUUGAACAACAGAGCUUUCAUUCUAACAAAUCAUGGCAACAAAAGACCGAUUGAGGUACCGAUCCAUUAUGGUAAAGGAUUUGGAAGCUCUUUUGACCUAUGUAAAUUGUUCGACAACAUUCAAAUGGAAUGGCAUGAGGUAGACACUAUCCACCUGAAGCAUUCUUCGACUAAAUCUGUUGUCAAUGGAGUGAAAAAGUGGAAAAGAUUUUUUGAAGAAAUAGGCAUCACAGAGUUUGUUCAAGUAGUCAAAGUUGAUCGGAGAAUGAGUGAUAUGGCCGAUACAUUUUCUGGGAAGGCAGGAUUGAAAAGAGACCAUGUUUCCUUAGGAUCUGUAGCUGAAGAUUGGGAAUCAGUGAGUUAGACCAUUUAUUGUCCUUGUUGUCAGCAAGUGGAAAU